AUGGCAAUGGAAACCCAUGAAGAUGGUGAGGAUUUGCCACUCGAGAUAAUUCAGAUCAAAGAGCAAAUCGAAAAAGAGAGAUUUAAGCACAUCAAAGAAACAUUCGAGCAUAGAUGCAAACAGAGAGUUUAUGCUCAUGCUUUCCACCAUCAGUUGCUUGCCUUAACACGGCCUGAUGCAAAGUAUAAUAAUGGAAGAGACAACAAUACUACGCUUCUUUCAAGAAUGGAACAACCACUUCGUCAUUUCAUUGGCUCCUCUGAUUAUGUUUCUAACAAUAAGGAAGGUCAUUAUGUUUAUGAUCGAGAAUUUAAAUUACAAAGUGUCAAGCUUCCAUUUCUUGAGCAGCUACCACGAUCCGUUACAUGGGUCUUCACCAAUAGAAGCCAUCUGAUGGCUGAGAGUGAUUCUGUGUUUGGUAAGAGACAAAUCUACUAUUUGGAUGGUGAGGCAGUAGAAUUGAGCAGCGAAGAAGAAGACGAAGAAGAUGAAGCAGAAGAUGAGGAAGAACCCAUUAAAGAAAAACGUGAAUUCUCCAAGGGUGUAGACCGGUUUAUAUGGAUGGUUGGGCAGGAUUAUGGUUUGGAUGAUCAGGUCGUGCUGAGGGCUCUCGCCAAGUACUUCGAAGUGGAUGCUUCCGAUAUAUUGGAACGAUACAAUGAGCUCAAGCUUAACAAUGAUGAAGAUGUUGGAGAGACUUCUGACUUGAGUUCCAAGGAAACCAUUGAUCUUUUCCAGGAAGCUGCUUAUAGGCGUCACUGCCGUCGUUGCUUGAUAUUUGAUUGUCAUACGCAUGAGUUGUAUCAGCCUGUGAUUAAAUCUGGAGAAAGUAGUAAAUCUAAUUUGUCUAUGAAUGAAGAUGAUAAUGAACAAUGCAGUGAGCAUUGUUACCUCACAGAAACUGCAUAUCAUGUAGUGAUUGAUACUAACGAAGUAACGACAGAUAUUAGAGAGAUGACUACGUGGACGCCUCCAGAGAAGGAUCUUUACAUGAAAGGACUUGAAAUUUUUGGGAGAAACAGCUGUCUUAUUGGAACAAACGUACUUCGGGGGUAUAAGACGUGCCGAGAUAUUUACAAUUACAUGACUGAACAAGACCAAUCUAUUUUGUUAUUAGAACAUAACAAAACUAAUAAACACCAUUUACAGGUUCACAGAAAAGUAUAUCGAAAAAAUACUAAGUUCGUCCGCAAGAAAAUCAGACGACGAACAUAUGCUCGUUGUCCACCAGCUUUAAAAAAAACAGCUAAUGGAGAAGUUAAGUAUUAUAAGCACUACACACCAUGCACUUGCGAGUCAACAUGUGGAGAUCAAUGCCCUUGUUUAACUAAUGAAAACUGCUGCGAAAAAUUUUGCGGGUGCUCAAAGAAUUGCAAUAAUCGUUUUGGAGGAUGUAAUUGUGGAAUCGGUCAAUGCGUAAACCGACAAUGUCCUUGCGUCGCUGCUAGUCGUGAAUGCGAUCCAGAUAUUUGUCGGAAAUGUUUUGCUUGUUGGGGACAUGAGGAAACAGAGCAAACACAACCAUGCAAGAACAUGCAAUUCCUUCUUAACAAAAAUAAGAAGCUUCUCAUUGGAAGGUCUGAUGUUCAAGGAUGGGGUGCAUUUACACUGCACUCGAUUAAAAAGAAUGAGUAUCUUGGAGAAUAUACUGGCGAACUGAUUAGUCAUGCUGAGGCAGAAGAGCGUGGGAGAGUUGAAGAUCGGACUGGUUAUUCCUACCUCUUUACCUUGAAUGACCAACUUGAAAUCGAUGCUCGCCGUAUAGGAAACAAGUUAAAAUUUCUCAAUCACUCAUCAAAACCUAACUGCUACGCCAAGUUGAUGAUUGUGAGGGGAGAUCAGAGGAUUGGCAUAUUCGCGGAGAAGGCUAUAGAAGAAGGUGAGGAGCUAUUCUUCGACUAUUGCUAUGGACCUGAUCAUGCAGGUUGGUCUCGUGGUCAAAAUACUAAAAACACUGGUGCUUCUAAAAAGUCUAAGGAAGUCGUCCCUUCAUCUGAGGAGAAGAGCGAUUCAGGCAGUCGUCUUUAGAGUUUUAUCAUAUCAUCGAUGAAUAAUGU